AUGUUUCAGACCGUAGGAAUCGGACUUCUCUUGCUGGUUACGUGUGGUUCAUGUGAGGAUACGGCAGCUGAUGAUAUAGGAGUGCACAUGAUGGGCCGCAUAUCUGAGCUCCUUUCCCCCGAGGAAUGUCAUGAGUUCUACACUCAGAUCACCGGCCCUGAGGAGAACAUGGAGAAAGCGCUGGAGCGACUCUCUGAGGCGAAGAACCCAAUCCGCUCCCGCCACCGGCGAGACAUCGUCAGCACAGAACAGUGCAAAGACGUCCUGACCCAGUGGCUCGAGGUGGAAGGAGAUGCAGUGUACUGGGACCGUCUCUCCCGAGCUCUCCGCCAGAUUGGGCGCCCUGACAUCUCCCAGGAGCUGGGCAAGAACUUGAACCAGGACAAGAACCUUGAGCUGAAGAGGAACGUGGAAGAAUAUCACAAGGGGGUGGAACAUCUGACCUCCUCGCUCCUGCUGGAGGAGGAUGAGAAAUAUGGCGAGACAAACCAGCACAUCAGAGCUGGGCGAGCAGGUGGGAAAUCCCGCAGGGCGAGCAGAUCGAUGCAGGAAGGCUGGGGUGACAUCGACCUCAUCAUCGAAAGGAAACCACUCCCUCCGUACAACAGGAGCCUCUUUGAAUGGCUCAAUCCGGUGGCUUCUGGCUUCAUCGGAGGGUUUUUAACCUCUUGCGUCCUCAUGGCACUUGCUAUUUACUCCUUCCUCUGGACCCUGAACCAAGACUCCCUGGAGCCUUCCCAUCAUAACCCAGGGCCCCGGCCUGAGCGUGCGGCUCACAACCCCUUGUUCGAGUACGACCUCAACUAUGCCUUGAUUUUAGAUGAAGAUUUAGGGGACAGUUUGGAUGGGGAUGCUUCCGACGACACCAGCUUUGAAGGGGAGCCGUAA